AUGCAGUCCUUUCUUUUCAUCGUUAUGUUAUUUUCUUUGAGCCUGAGUGCUCUCGCUAUGCCCGUGGUAUCUGGCAAUCGCCUUGGACGCCGGUCUUUCAAGGUGGAGCAUGCUAAACGUGGUGACUAUGCCGUCCAUGGACCCGCGGCACUGCGCAAAGCGUAUCGCAAGUUCGGUAUCGAUGCCACCACUCUCACUGGUAUUGACGUGAGUGACUUCAAGCCUUUCGACACCAAGACAGUUAUCUCUGGAAAGAACGCCAAGGAGGAUGCGGUGGAAUCUGACCAGACGGGCUCUGUCACGGCGACUUCUGUUCAAGGGGACGUUGAGUUCAUCUCACCUGUCAGUAUUGGUGGACAGACUCUGAACAUGGAUUUUGAUACUGGAUCUGCUGAUUUUUGGGUUCUUAACUCACGACUUCCUGAGUCCGAGCGAAAGAACCGAACUGUCUUUGAGCCCAGCAAGUCCAAGACAUACAAGGACGUUGACGGCAGCACUUUCAAGAUCUCCUAUGGAGACUCAUCCUUCGCAUCAGGUGGAGUCGGCACCGACACCGUCUCAAUCGGUGGCGUGGAAGUCGAAAACCAAAUGAUCGGCAUCCCAACCAAAGUCUCCGAGACAUUCACCGACGACGAAGACUCCAACGGACUUGUCGGACUUGGAUUUUCCUCAAUCAACACCAUAGACCCAGGCCCUCAAAAGACCUUCUUCGACAACGUCGUUUCGACCCUCGACGAGCCCGUCUUCUCAGUCCGUCUGCUCGCCGACGGCGUGGGCCAGUACGAGUUCGGCACAAUCGAUCACUCCAAGUAUAAAGGUGUCCUGGCCAAUGUCACUGUCGACUCAUCCAAGGGAUUCUGGCAAUUCGGCUCAGCACAGUACUCUGUCGAUGGUGGUUCAUUCAAUCCCAUCAAAGAAGUGCCUGAGGCUAUUGCUGAUACAGGCACUUCGCUGAUGCUGGUUAGCCCUGACGUUGCUAAGGCUUAUUACAAGCAGGUUGAGGGUGCCAUUUAUGCCAACAAUGCUGGUGGCUAUAUUUACCCUUGCACUGCCAAGUUGCCCAGCCUGGCUGUUGCUGUUGGCACCGCUUACUCGGCCACUGUGCCUGGGUCCCUGAUCAACUUCUCUGAGGUUGGAACUAACACCACCACUGGUGAGACCGUGUGCUUUGGCGGUAUCCAAUCGAAUGCAGGCUCCAGCCUUGCAAUCUAUGGUGAUGUGUUCUUGAAGGCUCUCUUCGUGGUCUUCGAUCACCGUGGACCUUCUCUGGGAUUCGCAGCCCCUGCGUGA